AUGCUUCCACCCGACCCAACACCCGACUCAAAAAGCCGAAUUGCCCUGCGUGGUGUGGAUGGCAAGGACGUACUUGUUCACUACCUAAGUAUCGGCGCAUGGUCAUGGGGCCCCAAAGCAACCUUUAACUACAACCCAACACGAGACCUACAGCGAAUCCACGCAGCAUGGACCACGCUCAAGUCUGUUGGGUUGACUUUCGUGGGUACAGCGCAGUCCUACGGCGACAGCGAGAGCCAGCGGAUCUUCACCCGUAUCUAUAGCACGGCAAUCGCAGCCAUUUAA